AUGCAAGAUUUUGCUGAGCAAUCAGGCUUUAAGUUAAUAACUUCGACGCCUUGUUAUGCUCAAGCAAAUGGACAAGUUGAAGCAGCUAACAAGGUCAUAAUUGGUUUAAUUAAAAGACACGUGGCUCAAAAGCCAAAGAAUUGGCAUAAGACUUUAGAUCAAGUCCUAUGGGCAUGCAGAAAUUCUCCUAAGGAAUCCACAGGUUCGACGCCUUUUCAACUAACUUAUGGUCAUGAUGCUGUGUUGCCUGUUGAAAUAAUGAUGCAAUCAAUUCGAGUGCAAAGGCAACUAGAAUUACCUCCUGACCAUUAUUGGAAUUUAAUGUUAGAUGAGUUGGUAGAUGUGGAUGAGGAGAGGUUGCAAGCGUUGGAUGCUUUAAUUCGACAAAAGGAAAGAAUUGCUAAAGCAUACAAUAAAAAGGUUAAGUCCAAAACCUUCGACGUAGGAGAAAUAAUUGGAAAUAAAAGAUAUCCAUUAAGACUUUCAAAAAUGCCACUCCCUCCUUCGAUAAGUCGAAAAUGGCAUUUUUGGGGGGCAAUUUGUUGGGCAUAA